UUUUGAAUUAGACAUGUGGAUGUGACAAUUUAAAACAUGCUUUUUAGUUUAUAAGUACUUAAUAAUUAAUUGACAAGUUUAAAAAAAUAAUAAUUAAAAUGAAAUUUUUAUCAGAAACAUUCGUAAAUCAUUGCUAUAAGCGAAAUGCAAAAUCUGGCUUACGUAUCAAUAAACGAAUAGUUCAAGGAUACCUUCGUCGUGAUAUACAUUGUGGAAUUGUGAAAUGUAAAUUAUGUACAAAUACGAGCAACACAAAUGAACCGGUUUUGGAUCAAAAUCCAAAAACCGAUAGUACGGUGUAUUCGAAUUACUAUAUUGUACCGGAUACAGAAACACUUUUCAAUCAAAUUGAUAUUUUUGAAGAUGAAUCCGUGGAAAAUGUUAUUAUUUGUAUGUCCGUUUUAAAAUUAUUACAGUCACGCAGUAGUGUCAUUUAUAAACGAAUUUUGGAUGUAGCGGCAAAUGUUAAUCGAAAAUUUUAUAUUUACGAUGAUCAACAUUCUGAGUUCACAUACGUUGAGCGAUCGUUAUCAAAAUUGAAAGCAGAUCAUAAAAAGUUACUUCUAAAAUCCACUUUAAGUUUUUAUGUACAGCAUGUUCAAGCAACAUCAAAAUCAACAUGCUUUGUUGUUUUAACGCGAGAUGAGGAAUUGGAAAAUGCGUUUACUGAAAAUAAAGAUCGUAUACAUUUUUGUAAAGUUGAAGAUUACAUUCAAACGUUGAACGCAUCGAAAGGCGUUUUGGAAAUAAAGUUACGUGUUAAAGAUGAUCAAGCUAAACGGCCAGAAAAUUUCCGUGAAAUAUUCCCACCGUAUUUAACAAAUGAACAACUUUUUACAGGAAUAAGACGUGGUGAUGUAUUACAGGGAACUUUUCGUGUCAGUGGCCAUAAUUUUUUGGAAGGAUAUGUUACGGUUGAUUCAUUUGAUAAACCAAUUUUAAUUAGCGGUUACAAACGAUUAAAUCGUGCUAUCGAUGGUGAUGUUGUUGGCUUAAAGUUGCUACCUAAAGAAGAAUGGCUAAGACCAGUUGAUAUCGUUGUUGAAGAUGACGCUGAUGCAACUUUAGAAGAACUUGAACAGAAAACAUUGGAAGAGACCCAAAAGAACAAAGAAAAGUCAGAUAAAGAUUGUGUGGCAACUGGACAGAUUGUUGGUAUUAUUCGUCGUAAACAUGGCCAAUGUUGUGGGAUCAUAAUGCGUAGUCAACGUUUUCAUUCGUCCAGACAUUUGUUUAUACCAGCGGAUCGUAAAUAUCCACGUGUUCGAAUCGAUACCAACAACAUCGAUAAUUUAGUUGGUAAAAAGUUAAUAAUCGCGUAUGAUGAUUGGCCGCUACAUUCAAGAUAUCCAUUUGGUCACUUUGUUCGGAUUAUUGGUGAAGCGGGAGAUAAAAAUGUUGAAAAUGAAGUACUUUUAUUGGAGCAUGAUGUGCCUUAUGCAAGCUUUUCACAAAGUGUGCUUAGAGAUUUACCAGCAGUUCCUUGGAUUAUCACAGAUGAGGAUCGUGCUAAACGUGUUGAUCUGCGUGAUUUAAAUAUAUGUUCCGUGGAUCCACCAGGCUGUACAGAUAUCGACGACGCUUUGCAUUGCUUUAAGAAUCCAGACGGAACAUUUAACGUGGGUGUACAUAUAGCUGACGUAUCACAUUUCGUGCGUCCAAAUACCGCCAUCGAUGCUGAAGCAAAGAAUCGUGGUACUACUGUUUAUUUAGUGGACCGUCGUAUCGAUAUGGUACCAGAAUUAUUGAGUUCCGAUCUAUGCUCGUUACGUGAAAACGUUGAACGUUUUGCAUUUUCAUGCGUAUGGGCUUUGGACAAAAAUGCCAAAAUUUUAAACACAACUUUUCAUAAAAGUAUCAUCAAAUCACGCAACUCGUUCACUUACGAAGAAGCUCAACUACGAAUCGACGAUAAAUCGAAACAAGACGACAUCACAAAAUCUCUACGCUAUUUAAAUCAACUAGCGAAAAUUCUGAAACGUGAACGAUUAGCGAAUGGUGCUUUGGUUUUAUCAUCUCCAGAAGUGAAGUUCCAUGUGGACAGUGAAACCCACGAUCCAAUCGAUGUUAAUGUUAAAGUCAUUUUGGAUACAAUGUCUAUGAUUGAGGAGUUCAUGUUGUUGGCGAAUAUCUCUGUUGCCAAGAAAAUUUAUGAAGAUUUCCCUGAAUGUGCGGUCCUACGUCGACAUCCAGAACCACCUGUUGCUAAUUUUGAACCAUUAGUUAAGGCUGCACAAAGUCAAGGUAUUACGAUAAAAAUUGGAAGUGGUAAAGAACUGGCUGAUUCAUUGAACAGAGGAAUAAAGAAGGACAAUCCAGAUUUUAAUAAUAUGCUUCGAAUUCUGGCUACUCGUUGCAUGCAACAAGCUGUUUACUUCUCUAGUGGAAUGUUCAAUUACAAAGAAUACUUCCAUUAUGGUUUAGCGGUUGAAAUUUAUACACAUUUUACGUCGCCAAUUCGUCGUUACGCUGAUAUUAUGGUACAUCGAUUACUAGCCGCCACAAUUGGUGCAGAUACUACAUAUCCUGAAUUAUUGGAUAACAAGAUCUCAUCGAAAAUUUGCGAUAAUUUAAAUUUUCGUAAUCGAAUGGCUCAAUAUGCGGGUCGUGCUUCUGUUGCACUCAAUACUCAUCGUUUCUUCAAGAAUAAAGUAUUCGAAGAAGUUGGCAACAUAUUAUUUGUGCGUAAGAAUGCGCUACAAGUUCUUAUCCCGAAAUUUGGUUUAGAAGGUACAGUUUUCCUAGAACCACCACCUGGUUAUACCAACGAUAAUAAACGAUAUUAUCCAAAAUUCGAGUACAAUGAAGAGUUACAAAUUCAAACAAGUUCGACUGGUAUACAAUUGAAGGCAUUCGAUAAAGUUGUUAUUCGAUUAGAAGUCGAUUCCACGAAUAUUCAACGUGAAAAAAUUGUAUUUUCAAUGAUACAACCACUCGCCGUUGGAUUGUUAAAAACUGAAGUGGAUAAGGUGCUUCAAGAAACUACAAAAAACACAACUGCUACGGCUACGGCCACGGGUAUGGAUUGCGACUAAAUUCAUCAAUUAGUAUUUUUGUAAAAAUCAAAAAAUUCUACA